CGUCGUCGAGCCACUCACCCGCACGGGCCCCACCGGGGCGUCCGAUGCCUGGCUGGACUGCGGCCAGGUGGCCGCCGCCGCAUCCGGUGGCUCGCGUCCCCUCCCGCCUCGGCGCCUCGCCUUCCCUUCCGAUAUCUUUUGCUCCCGCCGCCGCCGCGCCGCGCACGCUUGUGCUCUCGUUCGUUUCUCUACCCGCUGUUGCUCUUGGCCCCACGAUGGCGGUGGCUUGCUUCAACUUCAACCCCUUCCUCUCGCCGCUCGUCGCCGCCCCGCCGGGCAGGAGCGGUCGAGCGGCGUUCCUGCGGUCGCGCGCGGCUUCCCUCGGACCGCUCGCGUGCGGCGCGGUGGUAGGUCGCGGCAGGUGGCGGCUCGCGGCGGCGGCUGAGCCGCGGGCCGUGCAGGAGCAGCCGGCGCGGUCGGAAGCGUCCGGCGAGACCGGCGCCGCGGUGGCCCCCAAGGCGUCCUCCAAGCUGGUUCUUGUCGUCGGGGGCACCGGCGGCGUUGGGCAGUUGGUUGUAGCAUCUUUGCUCAGCAGGAACAUCAAGUCAAGGUUGCUCCUAAGAAACCCCGAAAAGGCAGAGUCUCUAUUUGGCAAGCAGGAUGAGAGUGUGCUGCAGGUUUACAAAGGGGACACAAGAAAUCCUAAUGAUUUGGAUCCACAAAUGUUUGAGGGAGUUACACAUGUGAUAUGUUGCACUGGAACUACAGCAUUUCCUUCAAAGCGCUGGGAUGGAGAUAACACUCCAGAACGUGUAGAUUGGGAUGGCAUCCGAAAUCUUGUUAGCGCUCUUCCACGGACAAUCAAGAGACUGAUUUUUGUGUCAUCCAUUGGUGUUACAAAAUACAAUGAAAUACCAUGGAGUAUCAUGAAUCUCUUUGGUGUGCUCAAGUACAAGAAGAUGGCAGAGGACUUUGUCCGCAGUUCCGGGAUACCGUUCACCAUUAUCAGGCCUGGAAGAUUGACUGAUGGGCCGUACACUUCGUAUGAUCUUAAUACACUUCUUAAAGCCACAGCUGGAGAGCGGCGAGCAGUAGUCAUAGGCAAAGGUGACAAGCUUGUGGGAGAAGUUAGCAGGCUGGUGGUGGCAGAGGCCUGUAUCCAAGCUCUAGAUAUUGAAUCCACUGAAGGACAGAUAUACGAGAUUAAUUCAGUGAAGGGCGAAGGACCUGGGACGGACCCGGUGAAAUGGGAGCAGCUAUUCAGUUCUGCCCAAUCAACAUAGUGGCACUCACGGGGAAUCUCUAUUGCACACUGUAUAUCAUACUGUAGCGUGCAUAAUUCCGUAGAAGCAGGCAAGCAGCAUAUGUAGUAACUAUAAUUGUAGCAGCCGUGUACAGAGAUUUAGGUCAUUAGCCACACGCUUGCGAGUUGCAAGGACUAUUUAUUUGGUCGUUUGCGUGCAAUUGUACUGGAUCACUGGA